AUGUCUUAUCAUCGUUGCGAAAAUAUUAAGUCCAAGUGCACAAAAUCUCUCACAUUGUUCGAAUUGGGUGUCUAAUUACCAUAAUUACAAUUGCCAUUAAAACGGAUGCAAUUCCAAGGAUGUUACAUUAUCUGGCAAUGUUUUGCGCCAUAUAAAAGUGUGUUUAACGUUUUCAAACUCGGUGGGAGUCAUCCAAGUGUUGGUGAAAACUUUUUCGAAAUAAAAUCUCAAAAAUGAGCCGUUGUGAUUUUAAAAUAGUGUUGUUAGGGAGCGAACAUGUUGGUAAAACGAGUUUGGUGAUCAGAUUCGUGAAUUGUAGCUUUAAUGCGGGGACUCCGUAUCAAAAUACUAUUGGUGCAGCAUUCUGCGCAAAAACCAUGCACUCCGAUGGUAGAGACUUUAAUGUUGGCAUCUGGGACACCGCCGGCAGUGAAAGGUAUGAAGCGAUGACGCGUAUGUACUACAGAGGAGCGCACGCCGCCGUCAUCUGCUACGAGCCGUCCUCUCUUCUCUCCUGGACCAGGCUGAGACACUGGCUCACUGAGCUAAGGACAGUUGAAGAGGAUUGCAAAGUAUACCUUUGCGGCACCAAAAAAGACCUGCUGGACUCCGGCCUCGCCCAGCGCGAGGUCCCGGAGGAGACCGUGGCCACGUACAGCCAGGGACUGAGGGGACAUUUCCUGACCUCUAGCAAAACUGGGGAAAACGUGGAGGAACUCUUCCAGAAGAUAGUGGACGACUGUGCGUCCGACAAGCGAGUGAUGAAAAACGUCGAGGAGCUUCGAGUGCAGAUACUGAAAGACGAAGCAGCCUACCGCGCCAAGGACAAGCAAUAUUGCUUAUGUUGAAACUGAUGUUAACCUCCUAAAUCCAGAUGUCCUUUUAAAAGGACACAUUCAAAUCGAUUUAGAACUGUAAUGGAAAAAAAUAAAGUUCUUAAUUCAAAAUUACAAAAAUGACUGGGACUUAGGAGGCUAAAACUACACAACCAUGAGCAUCGAACAAUAACUUGUUCACAGAAAGAAACAUUUUUCGCGAUUUCAUCAUUCCUAGCGCCACUUGCACCAUCCCAUUAACCCGGGGUUAACCGGUUACUGGGACCGGUAACCGGUAACCAUGGCAACUCCAGCUUUAACCGGUUAACCCCAGGUUAGUGAAUGGUGCUUGUGGCUAGUUAUUUGAAACUAGACUGUUUAUGAAAGGAAACCAGAACAAAUGUGAUAUUGGGGUAAAAUGAUGUAAGUUUAAAUGCUUUAACGUUAUCAAACAUCCUAGAUAUAUCUAUGAAGGUCAAUGUGGAGAAGACCGACUAUCCGGUAACACCGUCUUCAAGCUCUUUUGUCUUGCGUUUGUACACAUGCAGGAAGAAGAAGCUCUUCCUUUCUGACUGUGAGUGAAGUACGUUUGUAAAUAUGAGCAUACAUCGGGGUUCUCGGUGCGUGAAUGAUUUCGUGUAUUUAUAACUUUGUUUAUUGUAAAAUAAUUACCAAACUAUUAAUUAAACGUAGGUAGUAAGGUCCAAAUAUGCUUAGAAAUUUUAAAUUAUUAUCGUUUUUUACAGUUUUUACCUGUUAUUUGGCUAGUGUAAAACAUUCCCGCACCGAAAACCCCGAUGUAUAAAUACGAGAGAUCUCGCCCUAUGACGGCUAUGACGGCCUUCCUAACCAAAAAUUUUAUAUGCCGGUCUUGGAACAGUCAUUAUCUUUUCCGCGUUAUCCCAGCAUAUUGCUCAUGGGAGCUGCUUGCUGCUGGGGUCCGCUUGACAACUAAUCCCAAGAAUUGACAUAAGCCCUAGUUUUUACGAAAGCGAUUGCCAUCUGACCUCUAAAAUAUCUGAUGUGGAAUAGUUUAUGUACCGGCACGGAAUUUAAUUUCAGUACUAUUUGGUACCUGGUCACAGUGACAAUAGUAGGAGGUCCCUAAACUGAAAAUCGUAAUUCAAGACCAAAAAAAUAAGGUUUUGCCACUGCAAUAAUUUGUUUGUAGAAUAGUAAAUUCCUUUUGAUAAAUAAUCACGCUAAGAUAAUUUAUAAAUUAGUAAUUUUACUCCUACGAUUUAUAAAGUACUUUUAUUUACUUAUUUUUACAUAAAUACAAGACGCUAGUAAAAAGUGGCAACAUUUUCUUACUUUUUUUGGUCUUGAAUUACGUUUUGCAGUAUAGCGACUUUCAUAUUGAAUUAUUGAUUCCCUGUGACAAGGUACGAAACGGUACUGAUAUUAAAUCUUUGACUGUACCUCUUAAAGGCUUGUGAAAUGAAAAGCUCCUCUUGAGUUUAAUCCACGCCACAAACAAUGUUGUGUGUUUUCUUUUGUGUGUUCAUAUACGACCUUGAAUAGGCAUGUUGACAUGAAUCACAAAUAUAUAACAUGUUAUGUUUUUACCAUAGCAGGGAAUAUUAGAAUGAUGAAAAUCAUAUUUUGCAAGUGUAAAUAUGCGUAAUAAAUUAAUUAAAAAUAAUCAAAAGUAUUUAAAUUAAUGCCCAGUAUCACGUGACUGCAAACGCCAAUCGGAGCGCCUGACGUCAUGACAUGAGAAUCACCACAGACUAGUCAUCAAACCUGACCGUAAUCCAUACGACACCGCCAAAGAGUUUGGAUGUUCAAAAACUGUAUGUAUUUUUUAUUUCGACAAUAGACAUUUAUUAUAUACGUACAAAAAUAUUAUUACAUGAUAUAAAAAUAUAUACUUAUUUGUUAUUAAAUAAAUAAAAUGUUAUAUAAUAUGAUAUUUCACCAAAAUCUUUUUAAUUAUUUGGCUGAAUGGAACUAUCAUCGCCAUGUUGGCUGUCGGAAACAAAAAAAAAAUUAAAAAGUUAUAUCUGCGCCCACAAUAUUUGCACUCACAAAUUUUAGUUGUAUCAUAAUAAUUCAUUUUAAAUUGUAACUGUAAGUUUUUGUGUGAAAUCAGUUAUUGUGAUUCAUUUUUGAAAUGGUUUUAUCAUCGCUGAACGUAAUAUGUAUACAUAUAGUUCGCAAGUAACAAUAUCAUUCAAGUCAUAAUCCGUAACUGCAACGUAAGUAUCAUGUAACAAAUAUUUGAUUUAUACUCUAAGGGUCUUGAUUGUUGUUCUUUGACACAUAGGCACUGCAUAAGACAUGUAAAACUUGUUAUUCAUUAUUUUAGCUUAUAUUUUUACGUAAUACUGAUCUUUUAGAAAGAGAGAUAAAUUAAAUACUACAGCUUUUGUUCGUUUGUUUGCAGCAGUUUGUUUAUUUAUCUGUUCGUGACGUCACGUGACAGCUUGGAGCGUUUAGGCUCAAACUUUAAACACUAAACAAAUUAAGCUCUAUUUAGUAUUUAAAAUUAAUCAAUAAAAAAUUUAAAUAUUUUUUUUCUAAUAAUUACGUGUCUAUCUAUACAAUGAAUACAGUUCUAGAAACUUGUCAACAUGCCUAUUGAUGUGGAUAUUUAGAUUUUAUGAAUUAGAAUACCAUUUAUAUUCCUUCCAAGUGUUCCUCGCUUUAUUUAAUGUAUAAAGAAGCUAGGCUUUUUUUUUAUAAAUGGACUUAUAAGUUUUAAAAGUUUUGACUAAGAACAUUGUAUCCGUUGUAAAAGCUAGUUAAGGGAAACAAAGUAAUAUGUCACAAUCGUCUAUGUCGUAAAGCCCGAUGUCCUUUUUUUAGGACAAUAUUUAUUCAUUUCGCCCGCUGUUUUUCUGGACUGGUACGACCUUCAAGCCUUCAAGAAGCCUCGCAUCUUAAAGGCCGGCAACGCACUUGCAACCCCUUUGGUGUUGCGGGUGUCCAAUUGUCCAUGGGCGACGGUCAUUACUUGCUAUCUCGUUUGUCUCAUGUAUCCUAACUAAAUACGCGUUAUGUCUGUGCCUACAAUUUUAAAUUAAAAAAAGUGUCCUAAUUGUAAGCCACUGUUUAUAAAUAAAUAAAUAAAUAUUGGGGACAUCUUACACAGAUCAAUCUAGCCCCAAACUAAGGAAAGCUUGUACUAUGGGUGUAAAUACAUACUUAUAUACAUAGAAAACACCCAUGACUCAGGAACAAAUAUUAGUGUUCAUCACACAAAUAAAUGCCCUUACUGGGAUUCGAACCCAGGACCAUCGGCUUCGCAGGCAGGGUCACUACCCACUAGGCCAGACCGGUCGUGUUUAGUUUUUACAUUUUAAUUAGGUUAUCUUAUCAAAUUAAUGACUAACCAUGAAAUGUCGCUGCUUUCGAUUUCCAUACCGUUAUAUGAAAUUGCUUCUAAAAUCUAUAAAACAGCUUUAAAAAGGAUUUGGUAAGUAUUAAAAAACCAGUCACACAAAAAUAUAGGUUCUAAUAUGCCUUUUCUGUUCUCUAAAGGUAAUAAAGUAUAACUAAUUGUAAGGCAAGAAUUCUUGUUUUAUUUUAAACUGAUGGUUACAUUUUGUCCUAAAAGUAGGCCUGUGGGCUUGACGGGGUUGUAACAAAGCUAUAAUAAAAUUAUUUGUUGCCUUAAGCUAUUGUGUGUAGCUGUUGUAUAUAAUCAAAUGUCACAAUAUGUUAAUAAAUGCUUUAUAUUUUC